AUGACCUUAGGCAAAUUAAGUAAUCACCCUGUGCCUCCAUUUCUUCAUAAGCUUAAUAAGAAUGAUAGAAGUAACUUCGUUAUACAGAAACUGGAAGCUUCUACUGCCUGCUUCUUGGGACACUUACUCUUGGAAUACGACAACCAUACUGUGCAAAAGCGCAUGCAGCAGUGUGGAGAGGCCCGGGCAGAGAGGGACCGCAGCCUCCAGCAGGGGGCCGCCGUCAGAGCCGCCACCUUGUGGGAGCGAAACCAGCGCCUGCCUCGGGGUAGCAGCUGCGCCGGCCGCCGAGGGCUUCUCUGGCCAGCGUUGCUCCCACUAGUCUACAGCGUGGGGCGUAUCUUUGCAAACCUCUUCAAGGGCCUUUUUGGCAGAAAACAAAUGUGCGUUCUCAUGGUGGGCCUAGAUGCUGUGGGAAAGACCACCAUCCUGUGCAAACUGAAGCUGGGUGAAAUCGUGACCACCAUUCCCACUCUAGGCUUCAACGUGGAAACCGUGGAAUACAAGCACAUCAGCUUCACUGUGUGGGACGUGGGCAGCCAGGACAAGAUCCGGCCUCUGUGGCGCCACUACUUCCAGAACGCACAAGGUCUCAUCUUCGUGGUUGGCAGCAGUGACAGAGAGCGUGUGACUGAGGCCCGAGAGGAGCUUAUGAGGGUGCUGGCAGAAGACGCGCUCAGGGACGCCGUUCUGCUCGCGUUUGCUAACAAACAGGACCUCCCCAAUGCCAUGAAUGCAGCCGAGAUCACAGACAAGCUGGGGCUGCACUCUCUGCGCCACAGGAACUGGUACAUUCAGGCCACCUCUGCCACCAGCGGGGACGGGCUCUAUGAGGGACCGGACUGGCUGUCCAAUCGGCUCCAGAACCAGAAGUGAGCCGU